CGACGGAGGCCGGGUAGGGACGAAGUCAGCUGACCGGAAGAAGUGCGGCGCGCCGCUUCUCGCUUGAGGAAGGUCUGGGUUGGAGGCGGCGGCGGCCAUGGAGCGCUACGACAAAGCGGCCUUGAACGCCUUCCCGUCCUCGGAGGCCAGAAAUGAGAGCUCUCUGGCUUCUACUCUAAGGACGCUUCUGUUCUUCACAGCUUUAAUGAUCAUGUUGCCCAUUGGACUGUAUUUCUCAUCAAAGACGUACAUAUUUGAAGGCAUUUUUGGAAUGACCAACAGAGACAGCUAUUUUUAUGCUGCCAUCGUUGCUGUGGUGGCUGUUCACAUGGUGCUUGCUCUUUUUGUCUACGUAGCUUGGAACGAAGGCUCCCGCCAAUGGCGGGAAGGCAAGCAGGACUAAUGUCAGUGUUGCAACUGGACGGACUAACGGAACAUUUGCAGGGGUAACACAGCCCAAAAAGCCUGUGUUUGAAUGCAGUGAGCUUGGAGCGCAAUGCCUCUCCUUCCCAGCACAUUUUUUGUUUCCUCGCUAAUGACAUCUGUGACUUCAUGAGCCUCCAAACAUGACAAGAUUGGGAAGACCGGAAAGAGAAGCAAUAUGGUACACCGUAGAAAAUAUAUUCAUAACCUUUCUGCAGCAGCCGGGAUUUUUUUUUUCUUGAAUGAGUAACCUGCAGUGAAUUGUUUUGAAAUCCACAUCUAGAUGAUUUGUGGUUUUCCUCUCCUUAAACAGAUACUUGAGAAAUUCAAGAAAAUUUCUGAAUGUUCAGUAAUGACUGAAAUUUAGGAGCAUUGCAUCUCAUAAUUAAGAAUGACAAAUGACCACUUUAAUCCAGCUAUUUGCUUGUACUUCCAUUCCGCCUGUUUCUAGCAUAUUUCUGUACAGAGACUUUUAGCAUAGGGUGUCUUUCCAUGGGAGGUAAAGAGUCUGUCAUAUGCUAUGACCUUGUAUUCUGUUAUUCAUUUCCAAGCUGCAGGUUUCUUGAUGAUGGGAUGUUUUGCUUAAUAUCUCAAAACACAAUACAUGUGUCACCUGCAAUAUUUAUGUGGAUCAUGACAAGUUUUUUUCAAGCAAUCCCUUGUUUUUUUGCAAGAUGUUUGUGAUUUGAGUUGUCCUACAUCUGCAUUUUUUUUGUAUUUGUAAUGGUACCACUUCACUUUUGUCACCUUUUCUGAACUUGUGAAGUAGGGCAGGAGAGCCCAAUGCAUGUUGAUGUAGUCCUGCUCCUAUUCUCAAUUGCUGGGUCAGCUUCGACCCUUGUAAAUAAAGAGAUGUUUAUUACUUCUGGUGCUCCUGCAAUUACAGAUGAAAUACAUGCAGGAUGAAUAAAAAUAAACGAUUUUUAAAAAUCAGGUUGCUUUAAAUCACAGUUUAAAUAAUCAAAAAGUCUGAUUUUCGAAUUUAAAUGUUGUUCCAUAGUUAAUAUGGAGGUUAAGUUAGAUUUUUCUUUAAGGCUAAAUUAACUCCCCACUUCUUGAACCUUGAGCGUGUUUUGGUUCUGCUGCUAGGUUCUAUGUACUGCGGUCAUAUAGUUCCUAAGUUUCAGGAGGUCAAAAAUUGUGAGUUGGUCCUCCCAGUCUACGGGUAAGAACCUCCCCUUGUUUUGAUAUGAAGCGGUAGAAAAAUUUCAAGUCUAGUUUGCUGGAGAUAGGUUGGUUUCAGUUUAAAAGGGUACAGUAUGUAAACAGGAUUAAUUUCUGUUCAAAGAAAGCAUCUCACAGUGGAUUUAUUCCAGCUGGAAGAGAGGCCAUGGGGCCAGUUAGAGCCGGCAAUAUCUGCACUGAUAUUUAUCUCCCCAUCCUUAUGUGUGAAAUUUAUGUUGUAUGGUGAAUUACUUUUUAAAUAAAACGUAUAAUGUAAUCAUU